UAAAAGCGAACAAUGGAUUAAUACUUGGAACUGCCAUGAUGCUUAGUCCACUUGUGAAAAACUUUAUUACUUAAUAUCUUUUUAGGCGUUUAUAAUGCGUGGUAUGUAGUUCAGUAAAUUCCUCCACGAAAAUGGCAUAUACAGUUGCUCGACUCCCCUCGAUUUCAGUCUAUAUAAAGGGAAAGGGAGGAGCAUAUUUAUUUCAUUUCAAGUCAAGAAGCAAAUUGAUAUUAUUAUAUUGAGUUUGAAGCAGUGAAGAAGAUAAUCCAGAGAUGGGAAAACAGUGCCAUCCUUUGUUGAGUGGAAGGAGAAAGCCAACCAGCAACUACAGCCAUGGCUUCUCUUCAGCUGAGAUGGAAUCACUGGCUUCCGUUUGUGACACUAUUUUACCUUCAAUCCCCUUUGAGGAAAAACAAGUCCCACCUGCGGGCAGUAACAAGGCUUUGGAGUAUUUUUACAAAGCUUCUGCCUCUCAAGCUCCCAUCCCGGAUGAGGUGGCUGAAAUUAUAGUGAAAAGAGGCCUUAUAGAAGCGUUGAUCUUGACUAGAGUGAUACUGCUGAUUCUUUCCACAAAGUUGGGCACGUUUUUGCUUUGUGGGUCACUUUGUUGGAGCAAAAAAUGGCCUUUCAUCAACAGAUUUUCGUGUAUGUCCUUGGAGAAUCGAGAGAAAGUUCUGCAAAAAUGGUUCAAACAUAGUUUUGUGACGCCCAUUCGUGUUGCAUUUUUCUACAUGGAGGCUGUGUGUCUCUUCGUCUUCUUCUCCCGGGUUGAUGAAAAUGGCGGCAACCCAGCAUGGGAAGCCAUUAAUUAUCACGUAGACACUGAUCAGAAUGAGAGCUAUUCUCAGAAAGAGAGGCCACUUCAGAAGGGAAUCAUUGAAGCCGUGUAUGAAACUGACAAAACUCUUCUACAGUCAUUCACCCAGAAAGGUUUCAAAGUUACACAACAUUCAGAACAACAGAGUGUCCUUAAAAUCAACUGUGACGUUGUAAUCAUCGGCUCCGGUUGUGGCGGAGGCGUUGCAGCUGCCGUUCUGGCAAGUUCCGGGCAGAAAGUCAUUGUUGUUGAGAAAGGGAACUACUUUACACCUUCAGAUUAUUCUCUUCUUGAUGGCCCCUCACUUGAUCAACUGUAUGAAUCCGGAGGAAUUCUCACAACUGUUGAUGGGAAAAUGACAAUUCUGGCAGGAUCAACCAUUGGUGGUGGCUCCGCUGUCAACUGGUCUGCCUGCAUUAAGACACCCAACUCCGUGCUUAAGGAGUGGGCUGAGUACCAGAAGCUCAAUCUCUAUGGAAGCCAUGAGUAUGUUUCUGCUAUGGAGACUGUGUGGGAAAGAAUUGGUGUUACAGAGAAUUGUGUACAGGAAGGGUUUCAGAAUCAAAUACUACGAAAAGGGUGUGAAAAUCUUGGCCUUGAAGUUGAAAGGGUGCCGCGGAAUUCUUCAGAGGAUCAUUACUGUGGAUCUUGCAGUUAUGGCUGCAGAAAAGGAGACAAAAGGGGGGCUGAUAGAACAUGGCUGGUUGAUGCAGUAAAUCAUGGGUCAGUCAUUUUAACAGGAUGCAAAGCUGAAAGAUUAAUCUUGGAAAGGAACAACAAUGGAGGUUUGAGGGAGAAGAAAUGCUCAGGUGUGAUAAUAAAACCUCUAAGUAAUAACAUCACAAUGAAGCUGCUAAUUGAAUCCAAAGUAACUAUCUCAGCAUGUGGGGCUCUUUUGACACCCCCUUUGUUGAUUUCUAGUGGAUUGAAGAAUCCAAACAUUGGUGAAAAUCUUCAUCUUCAUCCGGUGUUGAUGGCAUGGGGAUACUUCCCAUAUUCCAACUCCGAAUUCAAGGGAAAUGCCUAUGAGGGAGGCAUAAUCACAUCAGCUCAUAAGGUUGUCACAGGAUAUUCAAAUGAGAGAGCCCUGAUUGAAACUCCCGAAUUAUCGCCUGCAAAAUUCGGAGUACUAUGCCCCUGGGAAUCUGGACUUGACAUGAAGCAAAGGAUGUUGAAGUAUGCAAGAACUGCUCACUUGAUAACCAUAAUUCGAGAUCGGGGAGCUGGAGAAGUUAAGUUAGAGGGAAGGAUAAGCCACAAAUUAAGUCCAUUAGACAAGGAAAAUUUGAGGGCUGGGUUGAGGCAGGCAUUAAGAAUUUUAGUGGCAGCAGGAGCUGUUGAGGUUGGCACCCAUCGGAGUGAUGGGCAGCGAAUCAAAUGUAAAGGAAUUAGCAAAAAGGAACUGGAGGAAUUUCUGGACACAGUUUAUCCAGCUGAAGGGGCAAUGUCACAACAGGAGAAGUGGGCAAUAUAUGGCUCUGCCCAUCAAAUGGGAAGCUGUAGAAUGGGGAUCAAUGAAAUAGAGGGCGCUGUUGAUGAGAAUGGGGAAAGUUGGGAAGCAGAAGGGCUAUUUGUUUGUGAUGGCAGUGUUCUUCCAAGUGCUGUUGGUGUCAAUCCCAUGAUCACCAUCCAGUCCACUGCUUAUUGUCUUUCAAAGAAAAUUGCAGAAUCUUUAAAGAAAGAACAGUCAUCUUAAGCUCACUGGUUCUUCUUCAGGAUUUUUCAGACUGUAUAAAAUUGAAUAAGAAUCCCUAUCUGUACUACAAUUUAUCACAAAACUCUUUUAGAGACAUUUAUCUGAUGCUUUUAUAAUAUUUGGUUCUUAGAAAACAA